AUGGACGCCUCCUCCCUCCGCAUCUCCAAGUUCGAUGGAACUAACUUCCACGCCUGGAAGUUCAAGAUGCAGAUGGUGCUGGAGGAACGGGACCUAUGGGAGGUCGUCAGCGGUGAGAUCAAGGCGGAACAGUGCGAGACUCAGUUGGACCAAGCGACGUACAAGAGGAAGUCAAGAAAGGCGAUGGCAGUGAUCUGUCUAGCCAUGGAAGAUUCCCAGCUACCGUUGGUCCGGUCGGCAAGUGGUGCAUGCGACGCAUGGUCAAGGUUGGAAGACCACUUCGAGAAGAAGAGUCUUGCCAACAAGCUGUUCUUGCGCCGUCGCUUCUUCACGACAAUGAUGGAAGAAGGCGACGAUGUGCUCGAACACAUCAACAAGCUCAAGACGCUGGCGGAACAGCUAGAAGCGGUGGGGGCUCCAGUCUGCGAGGACGAUCUGGUGAUCACACUUCUCGGCAGCCUGAGUGACUCGUAUCAAUUCUUGAUCACAGCUUUGGAGCCGCGCUCAGACACUCUUAGCUGGGAGCUCGUGACGUCUCGACUGCUUCAUGAAGAAAUGAAGCGGAAGGAGCAAGGAAGUAAAGGUGAUGAAGCUUCGCAAGGUCAAGCGUUCAUCACAAGGGACAAUCAGCGCAAAGGGCGACCAGUGAAGAAGUCCUGGCCGUGCCACAAUUGCGGAAAGAUUGGUCACUGGAUGGCGGAGUGCCCCUCGCGCAUCCAAGAAAACACGGAGAGACACCGGCCACAGCGUGCUCAAGACAGCGGCGACCGCUAUCGAUCACAACGUGCAAACGUCGCUCAAGAAGAAGACUCGGGCGACUACCUCUUUUCGAUCGGUGAAACGACAUCUGCGAAAUCGAGCGACAUCUGGCUGGUCGACUCCGGGGCGACGCAGCACAUGACGUGCUCCAAGAAGUUCAUGCGGAACUACAAGGGGUUUGACGCUGUGGAUGUCCAUCUCGCGGAUGAUGGAAUCGUCCAAGCAAUCGGCAGUGGGGACAUUGUCAUGUCGAUGAAGACACCCCAAGGGAUGAAGAAAGGUGUGCUCACAAACGUGUGGCACAUCCCAAAGUUAUCCAGAAACCUGUUCUCGGUCGGCCGCUUCACCAAGGAUGUCGGCCCAGUGACGUUCACGAAGGAUGGGUGCUAUGGAGAAGCGAAAGGGACCAAGUGGAAAAUUGGUGCCCGUGAAGGUAAAGGACUGUUCAAGCUGCAAAUGACUCCAGUGGCGCCGGAACAAGCAAAUGCAGCCAAGUCGUCGGGAUGUCAAGGGGGCACCAAGUCGUACCUCUGGCACCUUCGGCUUGGCCACAUAGGUCACGAUGGACUCAAUUGCAUCGUGACGAAGAACAUUGGAAUUGGCAUCGACAUAUCUUCGGUGAAGAAGUGGGACGUGUGUGAAGGUUGUGCUCUGGGAAAACAGACUCGAGUGCGCUUCCAAUCAAACACUACAGCUCGCACCUCCAAACUCCUCGAAGUGAUUCACAGCGACGUAUGCGGACCGAUGUCGAUGGCAACUUUCAGUGGAAAACGGUACUUCGUGACAUUCAUUGAUGACAAGUCAAGAUACUGUGUCGUCUAUCUGCUCAAGAGCAAAUCUGAAGUUGCGGCGAAGUUCAUAGAAUACGCUGCGAUGGCCGAAACGCAAACCGGAAAGCGCGUGAAGUACCUUCAAAGCGACAAUGGGGGUGAAUACAAGUCCGACAAGCUGGCACGAUUCUGCGCGGAACGGGGGAAUACAACAAAGGUUCACACCCCCAUAUACUCCUCAGCUAAACGGAGUAGCUGA